GAAGGCAUGUGUGCGUGACAUUGUGUGGGUGAGAAAGGGAGACUCGGUGUGUGUGUGUUGGAGAGUAUGCGUGUGUAACACUGUGUGUGUGUGAGACUGUGUGUCAGAGGGCGUGUGUGUGACUUUGUGAGUGUCGGAGGCCGCAGUUUUUGUGCACGUGUGUGUGCCUGUGUCUGUGCCCGUGGCUGCGGGUGGGGGCUCACGAAGCCCCUGUGGGCCUGUGGGUGGGUGUGGGUGCCACUUCAGCGUCCCUGCAACUUAAUGCUUGGGGCUUCAUUGUGGCCAAAAUUUGCCCUUGGUAAAUGGUCAUUUACUGGCUGCCCCCUCCUUUAGGGUCUGGGGGAAAGAGAGGAGGUAGCACUUAGAGGAGCCCCCAGGGGCGUCAUCUUUGAGCUCUCAAGCCCAUCUUUACUAGAAAGUGGAAACGUUCCCCAGGAAAAGGAGAAGAGGCCGUGCCUGAGACCCCUCCCCACCAGGGAACCCUCAAGAGGGCCUCAGGAAGGCAUGAAGGAGGAGCAGAUCCUGGAGGGGCUGAUGCCUCUGCUGCCAUCCCUGACCCUCCUUAGACCAGAGGGGCAGAGGAGACUCUGAACUCAGAACAGUGAGGAGAAAGCCAGGAGGAGGUAACCAUGGAGGACGGAGCUCAGUGCCUACCAUGAUCUGGCUCCCUAUCCUGGCCUCUGAGCUGGCUCAGCACUCAUAGCUCAGUCUCAUCAGGCAUUGGCUUUUCCCCAACAUAGGAGUAUGGAAAGUGAGGAGGGAAUUACUUUUGAGUUCCUGACAGCAACGAUUCAGGAAUCGGUGACGUUCAGAGAUGUGGCUGUGGACUUCACUUGGGAGGAGUGGAGCCGUCUGGAUCCUGCCCAGAGGGACUUAUACAGGAAGGUGAUGUUGGAAAACUGCGAGAACCUUGUCUCUGUGGGAAUUCCUGUCUCCACGACGGACAUGAUCUCCCUGUUGGAGAAGCGAGGUGCACCGUGGAUGCCAGAGGGAGAAGCCGUCAGUGGCAGCUGUCCAGAUUCCCUUAGUGAGAAGACCAAGUUUGAACCCAGAGAUUCAAAUCCAAGGCACGCCUUUUGCAUGGGAAUAUCAUCCAAGAUAAGACUGCACAAGGAUACAGUAGCCUUGCAUUCCAAGAUGAGAGAAGCAGGUGAAUGUGAGGUUAAUGUAGAAUUGCUGAAGCGCAACCAGGAGAGACAAUGGAGACAAGGAAUAGUCACUCCCAGAACAAUUUGUAACCAAAUGCAUGCACCUCAACACAAUGCUAGAAAUAUCAUUCUGGUGUCAGACUUGGUUGCAGCAUCAAAAGGGGUAAUGGGAGAAAAUCUCUACAACUAUAAGUCCCUUGGAAAGAGCUUCAGGGAUGAUUUUCCUUACUUAAUUACAUAUGAUGCAUUCUCCCUCCAAAAGGAACUUUUUAAGUAUACCAAAUUCAAGAAGCCCUUUAGAUACCAUUCAGACUUAAUUAAAUUUCAUAGAAUUCAUGCUGGAGAAAAGCGACAUGAAUGGAAUGAAUGUGGAAAAUUCUCUGGCAGAAGAUCAGAUAUUAUUGGACAACAGAGAAUUCACAGUGCAGAGAAAAGCAACAGUUAUUAUAAAGAUGAGAAAGGUUUCAGCCAUAAGGGAAGCUUGAAUAAACAUAAUGUAAUUUAUACUAGAGAGAAUUCCUUUGCAUAUAAUGAAUGUGGGAAAGCCUUCAGUGGGAAGGAAAUCCUUACUUCACCUCUGAGAAUUCACACUGGGAAGAAAAUAUCUGAAUCUAAUGCGUUUGAGAAAACUUUCAGCCAGAGAGGAAGCUGUAUUAGCCAGCAGAGAACUCAUACUAGGGGGAAAUCUUUUGUGUAUGAUGAAUGUGGCAUGAGCAGAAAGGAACAGCUUAUUGUGCAUCAAAGAAUUCAUAAUGAAGAAAAACCCUUUGCAUGUGAUAAAUGUGGAACAGGCUUCCAAAGCAGAGCAAGCCUUAUUACCCAUCAGAAAACUCAUGCUGAAGAGACAUCCAUUGCAUAUAAUGGAUACAGGAAAGGCUUCAGAAAGAAUGGGCAUCUUACCACACAGCAGGAAAUUCACAUUGAAGAGAAACCCUUUGCAUGUCGUGAGUGUGGGAAAGCCUUCAGACAGAGUGCAUAUCUUAUUAUCCAUCAGAGAACUCAUACGGGAGAGAAACCCUUUACAUGUAAUGAAUGUGGGAAGACCUUUACCCAAAAGGCAAGUCUUGUUACUCAUCACAGGACUCAUACUGGAGAGAGACCCUUUGUAUGUAAUGAAUGUGGGAAAACUUUUACACAAAGGGCAAACCUUCUUACCCAUCACAGGACUCAUACUGGAGAGAGACCCUUUGCAUGCAGUGAAUGUCAGAAGACCUUUACCCAGAAGUCAAGCCUUAUUACUCAUUACAGGAUUCAUACUAGAGAGAAACUCUUUGCUUGUAAUGAAUGUGGGAUUGCCUUUACCCAGAAGGCAAACCUUAUUGUUCACAGAAGAAUUCAUUCCAGAGAAAAACCGUUUGUUCCUAAUAAAUGUGGGAAAGGCCCUCAAAAGAAAAGACUUAUUAUCCAUCGGGGAACUCAUACUGGAGAGAAACCCUUUGAAUGUAAUGAGUGUGGAAUAGGCUUCCGAUACAAAGUAAACCUUAAUAUCCAUCAGAGAACUCAUACUGGAGAGAAACCCUUUGCAUGUCGUGAAUGUGGGAAAGGCUUUAGACAGAGUGCACAUCUUAUGACCCAUCAGAGAACUCAUACUGGAGAGAAGCCUUUUGCAUGUAAUGUAUGUGGGAAGACCUUUACCCAAAGGUCAAACCUUAAUAGCCAUCAGAGAACUCAUACCCAAGAGAAACUCUUUGCAUGUAAUGAAUGUGGAAAAACGUUUACUCAGAAGGGAAGCCUUGUUUCUCAUCAGAGGACUCAUACGAGAGAGAAACAGUUUAUAUGUAAUGAAUGUGGAACAGGCUUCCUACAUAGAGUAAGCUUUAUUGUCCAUAAGAGAAUUCAUACUGGAGAGAAACCAUAUAUAUGUAAUGAAUGUGGGAAAGGCUUCAGACAGAGUGGACACCUCAUGAUCCAUCAGAGGACUCACACUGGAGAGAGACCCUUUAUGUGUAAUGAAUGUGGGAAAACCUUUACCCAAAGAUCAAACCUUACUAGCCAUCAGAGAACUCAUACUGGAGAGAAACUCUUUGCAUGUAAUGAAUGUGGGAAAGCAUUUACCCAAAAGGGAAGCCUUAUUACUCAUCAGAGAACUCACAGUGGAGAGAAACAGUUUGUAUGUAAUGACUGUGGAACAAGUUUCCUUCAUAGAGUGACCCUUAUUAUCCAUAAGAGAACUCAUACAGGAGAGAAACCAUAUGCAUGUAAUGAAUGUGGCAAAGGCUUCAGACAGAGUGGACACCUCAUUACCCAUCAAAGAACUCAUACUGGAGAAAAACCCUUUGUAUGUAAUGAAUGUGGGAAAACCUUUACACAGAGGGCAAACCUUACCAGCCAUCAGAGGAAUCAUACUGGAAACAAACUCUUUACAUGUAAUCAAUGUGGCAAAGCUUUUACCCAAAAGGCAAACCUUAGCUCACAUCAGAAAACUCAUGCUAGAGAGAUACCCUUUGUGCAUAACGAAUGUGAGAGAUCUUUUACUCGUAGGACAAACCUUAUUAGCUAUCAUAGAACUUUUACAGAAUGAAAGUCCUUUAUGUGUAAUUAAUACAGAAAAGGCUUCAGCUAGAGAAGAUAUUAUAUAACAGAGAAUUAAUCCUGGAGAGAAACUAUGUAACAAAUGUGGGAAUGCUUUCAGUGGAAGGGGAUGCCUCCUUGUGUAUUAGAGAACUUAUACUGGAGUACAGUUAAGUGUAAUAAAUAGAGUUGCACCAAAUCGCUCAUUGUCACUGUAUUGGGUGGAAUACUGAAGGUGUCUGUGCUUCACUGUGGACUGUGUAACAUUUUUACAAUGGCUUACAUAAAUGACAUCCUCAUCAAAUUUUCAAGUGACCUAAAACUGGGAUAGACAGCUAAGAGUGAAUAAGAGAGCUAACUAAAAGAUCUUGACAUCACUGGGCUGAAAGAAUAGUGAUAAAUGUAUACGCUUAUAAUAGGGUACAAAAAAUCGACUUCACAAAUGCAUGUUUAUUAGGCACUUACUAUUUGCCAGGCUAUAGAUAUAAAGAAAUACAAAGUAGUUGUUGGCAUCAGGGAGUUCACAUUCAAAUAGAAUAGACUGCACUUACUAGCUGUGUGACCCUGUGCAAAUCACUUAACCCCAUUGCCUAGCCAAAAAAACCCCAGAAUAGACAGCAUGUAAACAGACGUACAUAAGAGAUACAUACAGACCGAAUGGAAGGUGAUCUCCCAUUCUUGGUUGGAGAUGAGGAAGGGGAUCAUUCCAGGUAUGGGGCAACUAAAGCAAAACCACUGUUGUAAAUGAUGGAGUGUUUGUUGUAUGGGUGAGCAGUUAGGUAGGCCAGCAUGGCUGCAGCAAAAAUCGUAUGGAGUGGAGCAGAGUGCUCUGUGUAAUUAAAACUGUCCAUUUUCUGUGAUCUUCUCUAUCCCUUCUUUGAUCAUCAACUCUUCCCUCUCCAUGGAUAUGAAAGGUAAUUUCUUCCUUGUUCCUCUAAUUUGCUGUAACUUCACCGUUUAUAUUUAAAUCUUGUAUCCAUUUAGAGGUUUUUUUGUUUGUUUCUUAUUUUGUUUUGGUAUAUAGUGAAAUGUUGGCCUAUACCUAAAUUUCUCCCCAAUUGCUUUCAGGUUUCUCUGCAGUUUUUGUCAAAUAUUGAGUCCUUAUUUUAGUAGUUGGGGUCUUUGGGUUUAUCACAAAUACACUCCUUUAUCUGUUUACUUCUCUGUGUUGUAUAUUUAAUCUAUUUUUUAAAACAAAUACCAAGGGGGCAGCUAGGUGGC